CCCCGGGCCAUCUCUAAACAUCUCCCAAUCAUUCCGUUUUUUCGACCUACCUCGAGAAAUUCGCGAUCACGUGUACUCUUACCUUGUGGUCCGCCGUGGGAGAAAGGUCCCGAUCAUCGAAGCCAGGGCGGUUUUGCGUGCCCAAAAAAAGCGUGCCACUGCCCAGCGAACGCGCGAGCGACUCAAUGAAAAGAGAGUCCAAUCCGGAAGGCGACCUAUCACCCCAAGAGAGCCAGUCGCAGAGCCUGUCCUCCAUCUCAACCUACUCCUGGCCUCUAAGAUGCUUCAUUAUGAAGCAACCGACCUGCUCUAUCAAAUGAAUUGGUUCGCGAUUUCUCUGGAUACUUUUUGCUUCAACAGGACCCAUGUCUCAAUGGAAGCACCAUUCGGCUAGCAAUUUAGCAAUAUCACCCGAUUGCAGCUCGAGUUACAGCUCAAGGACUCGCAACGAAUGAACAACUACAUCGACUGGGCGACCUUCUUCUCCACCUUUCCGAACUUGAAGUUUCUUCGCAUUAUCCCGACCUUUCACACUCGGUAUUUUGAUUGGGCACGCCUCGAGCUUCAAAACUGGGAGAACGCGCACUUCGUAUUUCGCGCUUUCUUUAGAGAACUCCUCGCUUCUAUUCCGGAUCGAAUUCACCUCGGACUGGGUCUUUCGUGCGAACCCGAAGAGAACAUGCAUUUAGAAGGCAGGGGUACCGUUUCCCUGUCGUUCCUUCAACAGAUGUAUGAUGACUUGAGUCGGAGGAGAGGCAUUAAUAGCACCUGAGCUAUCGCCAGCCUUGGGUGUGCUUGGUUGCGAAUUGCGGUGAGACACUAGGCGAGCAGGAGGAGGUGGC